AUGCACGAGCACGAGUCCAGGGAGAAGGACAAAAUCGCCGAUGCUACCACGGUUGACGGCGCAGCAGCAAAUGCUCACGCGGAGUCCGCAGCCAAGGCACCUUCGGUCCGGCACAAGGUCGAGGAUCUCGAGGCUAGCGGAUACGUUCUCGUCGGCUUCGAGGAUGGGGAUCCUGAGAACCCGCGUAAUUGGAGCAAGGCCAAGAAAUACUUCUUGGUCACCUUCUGCUCGUACAUCAAUGUGCUGGUGGCCAGUCAGGCGUCGGCUUAUUCGACGGGAGAAGAUGGAGUGCAAGAGGACUUUGGGAUCAGUAAAGAGCUAUCCACGAUCGGACUGAGCCUUUACGUGCUUGGCUUUGCGAUCGGGCCUCCCUUGGUCGCGCCGUUGUCCGAGCAGUUCGGGCGUCGCCCAGUCUACUUGGUCUGCUGGGCCCUAUUUGUCCUCUUCGCCUUCGGCCCCGCCUUCUCACCCACCUUUGCCGGCGUAGCCAUCACUCGCUUCCUUCAAGGGCUCUUCUCUUCUCCUCCCCUCGCCAACACAGGUGGUGUGGUAUCCGACGUCAUUGCCCGCGAUGCUGCUGGGCCGUACAUGGCCAUAUAUACCUGGGGCUCAACGAUCGGCCCAGCAGUAGGGAAUGUCUAUGCGGCGUACAUCGCGCCCAAGAUGGGUUCAUGGCGAUAUAUCUUUUACUUCACGUCCCUGCUCGCAAUGGGCUGCCACUGGCCCAUCAUCUACUUCUUCCUUCCCGAAACGCGCCACAACAUCAUCCUCGAGCGCAAGGCCGCGCGCCUACGCAAGUCAACUGGCUCGGAUCGCUUCGUCUCUGUGCACGCCACGGAGAAGAAGUCGCUGCGUACUAGCCUAUACAUCGCUCUGACUCGACCAUUUCGAUUCCUCUUCACCGAGCCAAUCACGGCCUUUGCCGCAGCAUGGAAUGGGUUUCUAUACGGACUCAUCUUCCUCUUCAACACGGCCUUCAUUGAGAUCUGGGGCGAAAACGGGUACGGCUUCAAUGCUGGCUUGUCGCAGCUGUCCUUCAUCAGCUUGAUUGUCGGCUGCACCAUUGGCUUCUUGAGCCAUCGCUUCACUUCUGAGCCGCACUACCAGCGCGUUAUCAAGCAGCGUGGCGAGUCAGUGCCAGAGGCGCGCCUCUACAUGGGUCUCUUCGGAUCCAUCCUCCUCCCCAUUGGCCUAUUCAUCACUGCGUGGACCUGCUAUCCAGGCAAAGUGCACUGGAUCGUUCCCAUGAUAGGCGCAGCCAUCUUUGGCAUUGGAUUCUACUGGGUUCUCUACGGUAUCCUCACCUACGUGACUGACUCGUACACAACCUACUCCGCCUCGGCGCUGGGGGCCGCCAUCCUCAUUCGUAACAUCUUGGGGGCAGUCUUCCCGCUCUUUGCUGGGUACCAGUUCCAGAAUCUGGGCAAUCACUGGGCAACCAGCUUGAUUGCCUUUCUCUCACUGCCGCUCGUUCCGAUCACGUUCUUCUUCUGGAAGAAGGGUCAUCUGCUCCGCGAGGCGAGCCCGUGGGCUAGCGCGCACUUCAACGAGGAUGAGGAUGCGCCGCAUUAG